AUGCAGACCCGAAAGCCCAGCCUCGGAAGCCAGACCCGAAAGCCCAGCCGCACAAGCCAGACCCGAAAAGCCAGCCCCAAGAAAGAGCCGGAGGAUGAAGAAUACGAGGCCCCGGUGGAAGAGUUCCCACCCCCUCCCGCCAUCAGCAAGGCCACCCUUAUGAAGAGGCUGGCCCGCAUAUGUGCACCCAAAGAGGAUGGGACCUACAAAGUGCCGCUGGAGAUCAUCCAGAGCCAUAAGAAUCUCGAGUCACGUGACGAAGUCUACCGUGCCUUUGAGAAGUGUGGCUGCGACCCCGUGGUUUUCACGAGGAAAGUCAACCGCCGAUACGAAGAGAUCAACGAAAAAAGUGUGGACACGGAAUUCGAGUUCCUCACAGAGCAGGAAAUGGAAGAAAAGGGAUGGAGCGAGAAAUCCGAGUACUGCGACGAGUGGAUGUACUGGGUUGCCGUGCGAGUGAAGGGAUCCAACAAGAAGACGAAACGGAACACCGUCACGGAGAUCCUGGAGGGAGCCGACCAGGAGCCCAUGGAGGAUCCUGACGAAGCAAUGAAAGACUUCCCUUUCGAUCUUGAGGGAGAUGGAGAUAAGAAGAAGGGGGAAGGUUCCGAGGCCUUUGGAAUGUCCGGAGAAUGUGAUGAAGACAGCUCGGACAGCGACUCCAGCGACGAUGGGGCAGAGGCUGCACGGAUCCUCAAAAAGAUCGCCUAUCCGGAGAUCCCCAAGAAACCGCAAGAUGCCAGUAUGCUGGUGACCGGUUGCCUCCAAAAGAGGGUGAACAAGCUCCAGGUUAUCAUGACGAGGUUGGACCCGGAUGUUGGCAACCCACUCACCAAGGCCCAAAUCAAGUUUCGAGACAGCCUCCAGGCGAUCAUCGAUGCAGUGAUUGAUUUGGAGGACCAAAUCACGACUAUCUACAGCCGUGGGAUUGCUAGUGGCUUCACGAAGGAGGACCAGAAGUCGCUUCGCUCGCUCUUCCAAGCAGCGAAGACGAAGCACCUUGGCUCCGAUGAAGAGCCACUCGACUUCGGCCGAGUGGCUCAGUAUGCCGAGAUGCUAGGCGAGGGCUUGGACCUUUCAAGUACAGUGCCGCUGAUGGUCUACUCAGACGAAGGCAAAGGACCGAAACGAGGGAACUUCGUCGUGGUGGCCAUCGAGUCGCCGAUUGGCUUGGAGGAGCAAGAAGCAACGGCAUGUAAUUGCGAGGCCGAAGUGAAGAGGGCACCGCAGCAAUAUGUGCCACACGGAAACCCGGCCGUGUGCUCAGAGACGGAGGUCGCACUGAAGCAAUCUACUACUUGCAAGGGCCACUCCUACCUCACAAGGCAUGUGCUCUUCGGCCUCCCAGACUGGACAUACAAGCAUCAUCCAGAAAUUUUGGAGCAGAUGAUGCAGCGGGUCUCGGACGAGCUUUCGGAACUUUUUUCUGCAGGCUUGGAAGUUGAGGGCAAGACCUGGACGGUCGCCUUGGUGGGAGUCAAAGGCGACAUGAAGCAGAUCGCAGAGAAAAUUGCCUAUCUUACAAGGUAUUAUGCUCAUCUUGGCCGGGUGAACUACAUCGGUGUUUGUGCACAUUGCCUGGCUGGCACACGAGCCGAUGUUCCCUUUGAUGAGCUACAGCACGAACCAUCAUGGGCUUCGACACUUCACCAGGUGCGGCCAUGGACCUCCAGGCCCUCUCUGUGCAGUGUGCCGUUCGACUCGGCUGCACCUGAAAAGGUUCUGAAAUACGACCCGUUUCAUUGCUUUAAGCUUGGACUGGGCCGAGAUAUCUGUGGAUCACUGGUCCUACUUGCCCGCCUUGGAUAUUAUGAUGAUCCUGAUGGCAGCGAUGACAAGAAUAUCAAAAGCAGGCUGGUUCGCUGCCAUCAGCAUUUUAAGCUGUGGCGAAUAACUGCAGGCAAAACGGCUGCACUACGAUACUUUUCCACUGGGCUGUUUAACCUCAAGCGGCUGAACGACUACGCUUGGAGCAACACCAAGGGGAGCGACACGAUGUUACUUUUGCAAUACAUCAUCUUCUUCGUCUCCCUCCUUCUUCAAAGGCAAAACUUGCCUCAGAUCCAUGUCCGCCUCUUUCGCACUCUGAAAAAGACGAUUGCAGAGGCUCAGCUGGCUUUCCAGAUCAUGUAUCGCCACGGACUCUGGCUACGCCGAGUUUGCGCUCAGAAUUUAUAUCUGAAGCUGAUGGCGGUAUUAUCUGGCUACAAGAGCCUGGCUCAGCAAUCUCUGGCAAUGGGCCUGACGUUCUUCGCUUUGAAGCCCAAGUUCCAUGCCCUGCACCACCUGGCUUUCGAAAUCAGGCAGGGUUUGAUGGGCUCUGGGCCGUUGAUCGCCAACCCAAUUGCAUGGAACUGCGAGAUGGGCGAGGAUCUGAUUGGACGCAUUUGCAGCCUCUCACUCAAGGUUUCGAUCAGAACGAUCAACCGAAGAGUGCUGCAGCGUCAUUUUUUGAAGAAGGCCGCCCUGAUCCGGCGCCAUCGUGCGAGCCGGCGGGCUGGAAAAGUCUAG